GAGUGGGUGGUUGUUUUGGGUAGGUGGCUGGGUAUCGUUGAGUGAGUGGUGAGUAAUUGGUAAUUGGUUAGUUGGGUGCGUGGUUCAGUGGACAUUUGAUUGGUCGGGUGGUUUGAUGAUGUGAAGGGUGAGAGGGGUGGGGGUCUGGGUCUCUAAUCUGCGCGACCCGCACCUGGGUACAGGUAGCACCGCGCGUCCAGCCGUCUCUCUCUCUCUCCCUGGUCUCAACCACGUCUCUCUCUCUCUCGUCUCUCUCCUGUCUCUCGUAUCCCAGCCCCGUCUCUCGCCCUCUCUCUGUCUCUCAUCUCUCCCCGUCUCUCUUACCCCAUCUCUCUCUCUCCUGUCUCGCUCUGCUGUGUCUCCCGUCUAUCCCCGGUCUCCUUCUCCCGUCUCUCUCUCUGUCGUCCGUCGUCUCCCUCCCUGGGCCGUCACGAGAGCGGCGAAGAGUCGCGCUUGGGCCAGAGAGGAGAGAGACAGAGAAGGAAAGUCGUUGGCUCGGGACGACACCCCAGGGUGACGCUUCCGCGCACAUCGAGAGCGGCCAGUUUCAAGUCUCGGUGCGGUUCGAAGUUCGCGUUCCAGUUGGAGUCCGGGUUCCGUUCCGUGAUCGGCGCCCUCUAAUCGGAGUUACUUCGUCUUGAGUCGCCCAUGCCCGGGAUUCGGAUCAACUCUCCGCGUCUCCCUCGCUGGGAUUUCAUGGCCCCGCGACCUCGUCCCUGAGCUCACCCUCGCCACCCACUCCAUCAUCCCCCGUCCUGUCCACCUGACCUUCUCCGUGCUUCUGACUGCCACCGUCACAUCUGGACGGAUGUUAGACAUCAUCGGAUCGGACCUGGUCGGCAGAUCACACCUGGACUAGUCGGCCAACGUCUGGUUGGUACGAGUCGGAUCGAAUCAGUUCCGGAUUCAAAUCGACUUGCAGUUCGGUCACACCUGGUCGGCUCGGAUCUGUCCCCCUCUCUCAUCUCAAACCACCACAUCACCACCCCCAUCCCCAUCAUCCCCACCAUCCCCAUCAUUAUCCCCAUCAUCAUCAUCCCCAUCAUCAUCAUCAUCCCCAUCAUCAUCAUCCCCAUCCCAUCUUCAAUCCGCACGCACCCAUGGCGACGGAGGGCGCCGCCGAGUCGGACUCGCAGUGCGCCGCGCUCGUGCAGUCGCUCAACAAGGUGACCGCGUGCCACCACCACCUCGCCGUGAGCCUCGGCGGCUCGGCCGACUGCGCGCGACUUCGCGAGGAGCUGCGCUGCACGCGGGAGCGCGCCCACGGCGUGGCGGACGCGACGCGCGUCGCCCUCACGCUCCUCCUGCGCGACAAGGCGGUGGUGGGCGAGAGGCGAGCGGAGCUCGAGAGGCUCUGGGUCUCCUUCUCCUGCUGCCUGGAGCUGCUCGAGGGCGACAUGAGGCGCGCGCUGGAGAUCAGCGGCCAGUUCCCCGUGGGUGCCUCGCGCGUCCGCACGGGCAUGAGCGGCACCACGGUGGCGAUCGCCUCCAGGGCGCUGAGCGCCAAGGACGUGAGGAGCGCCGCGGCUGCUGCUGCUGCUGGAGGUGGUGGUGGGCCCGAGGACACGCAGGCUCUGGAGAAGGACGUGCAGGAGCUCGGCACGAUGCUCAACGAGAUGGAGAACAAGGUGAACGUGCCGCGCUGGUCCGUGGUGGCCGCGCGGGAACCCGGCGCCGAACUUCACUCGACGGCCAGCGGCUCGUCCGUGGCCAUGCUCACAGAGGAGGGGGCCCGGGGGGAGCCGUGCUGCGACCCGGGCCGCCGACUCGUGGCCGCGUUCUGCGGAGGGGCGCUGCUGCUCGCCCUCGUGCUCGCCGCAGCCGUGGUCAUGUUCGCAUGA